CAUCUAUCGUUUUGAGACGGAUAAGGAAGCCUUGAAGCUACUCGCACACUGUCGCGCUUCGAGCCUUCUCCAUGGCCUCCAUUUGCAGCUCUCUUUCGCUUCCUCCAUUACCCAAAAUUUCCAGAAUUUCAAACCAAAACCAUUUUCCUUUCUCCAUAAUUGCAUCUAGGAGCCCCAUAACCCGACCCGCGUGCUCAUUAUCCUCCUCCACAACAACGGGAACCCAAGAUGACCUGGAACUCAUGAGCAUCGACAACCUUCGCCGCUUUUUCGACCUCAAUAUCGGAAAGUGGACGGGUUCUUUCCAUCAAUUCGGUGGUCAUGGGAAUUUGAUGCAAAAGGUGAGUACGAAGCUUGCAGUGAGCUCAUAUGGAGAAGAUGAACUGAUGAGUCUCAUUCAAACGCUGUACAUAAAACAACCUCCAUCAAGCACAUCAAUAUCUGGAUAUGAGGAGCCAGAAUGGGCAGAGUACAAAAUCAAAGAAACUAACAUGUUCACUGUAGACAAAUAUCAACAGAUUGGCUUCUUCCCAAGAGAGAGGGCAUUCUCUCUAAGGUAUCAGACAGCUGGAAUGUUAGAAACAGUGUUGAGGCAGGGUGUACUUGGUGAAGACGACACAGAAGAAGAAUCACCCAAAAAUCUUAAGCUUCCCUCUCGUCAACCUUCCAUUGUGUGUGAGAAUUGCCUGUAUUCAAAGGAGAAAGAUAGGCGAGCGAGAGCCUUUCACAUCAUGGACCCAAAAGGUGUUCUAGAAAUGCUUCUCAUCUUUGUCGAAGACAGAGGCGAUGAUGUUCUUCUCCAUCCUUCACUUGACUCUGCAAUGAGCAAUGAAAGGAUCAUACCAUUUCUUGGUAACUGGAAAGGCCAUUCUAUAACAAAACGCAGUGGCGUUUAUGGAGCAACAGUUGAUGAAGCUGACACGGUUGCUUUACUUGAAAUGGACGAUAGGGGUCACCUCAUUCAGGAUAUCAAUUCCACAUCUAGCGGUCGCGAUGUCACCACAAAUGUGCAUUGGACUGGUACUCUCUCAGACAACUUGGUAACAUUUGAUGGAGGUUACCAGAUGACAUUACUGCCAGGAGGCAUGUACAUGGGCUGUCCUUGUGAUAUUGCAAAGAAUGUUGCAGAAUCCAAGUCAUUCCAUUUGGAAUUCUGUUGGGUUGAGUCACCUGGGAAGAGGCAGAGACUCAUUCGAACAUACGAUGUAGAUGGCCUAGCUGUGUCGUCAACUUACUUUUCUGAGGUCAAAUUGUGAGUUCAUACUACAUUGCAGUGUACUUGAAUCUUUUGAAUUGAAUAUAGAAUUAGUUUUUUGCCCUAA